UCGUUGCCAGUAGAUAAAUAACGAGCGGAUGAAUAACAUGAUAAGACCAAAACAAUUCUUGUAAUCAUCGACGAAUUGAGCCGCAUUCGUAUCGAUACGUGUUAAUCUCGAGUAGGGGGAUCCGCCACGCCAGUCAACAUGUAGAUUCUCCGUGCGGCAUUCGACGCGCGGUGCUGAUAACCAACCAACUUCCACGAACCAGAAACAAGUGCAUUAUGAGCGUUGCGGAACGACGAUUUGCUGAUGCCAGCGGCACGUGAGCGAAGGGCCCACAGCUGAGGAUGGAUUCCCUCAGCGUCGUGUUGGGGUUGCAUGCCGAUCCGCUGAACUCAUUCACCAAGAUGUGGUAUCAUGUCUUCCUGUGGGCCUUGUUUUCAUCUAUAAUUGUACAUAUGAUAGCAGCAUUAAUUGCCUUUCUCACCCUGAGGAAGCAUAAAUUUGGCAAAUUUUUCCCCAUCCUGAUAUUAUUCACUGGGGUGCUGAUGCCCAUCAUGUCCGGCAUUGUGAGCAGUGCAGCAAUUGCAUCCGUCUAUCGCUUCUCCAGCCUGCCAAUGCAGCCGCUAUACGCAUCGAUGUGGGGCAUUGGACAAACUUUGCUAUAUUGCGGCAUAGGUUUCACGCGGAUACUGGCGACAUUAUAAAAAAGUGACCUGCAACCCCACACAGACACUCGGAAUGAGGAAAAGUGCUUAUUAAACUACAACUAAACAAUGGUGUGAUUACAAUAAUUACACACAAUUAUACAUGAUGAUAAAGGUGCUAAUUUGGCAUACAUGAGUUUAGACUAAGUAUAAGCCCACACUUAUUAUACCUACAAUUGUAUUUGUAUCUACAAUUCUGAUCAAAUGUUGCUUGUAUACUGUGCGCCGAGGCACGUUAGCUGCAGAUAUUUUCAUGCAAUGUUCACCAUUCUUUCAAUUCACAUGUUUAGAGAACGCAAUGUGCAAAAACCUAAAUGUAUAAAGACAUUUUGUAGUAUUUUCGAAACUCGUAGGUUCGAGCGCGCAUAAUAUUGAAGACUAUUUUAUAACAAAGAGAAAUGAAUGUAAAGUUUGUGCACUUGUACAAAUAGUUUUUAAGGUACUUAAUGUGUAAUAGCGCCUAUAUGCAUACCAAAGAUGAUAUUUGUUUGUUGGUACAAUGAUUUAAGCGACACGAUUUUUUAACAUUCAAAAAUGAAAUAAAAGAAUACGAGGAAA